AUGUACUAUGUGUCGAUCGGAGCAACUUCCGAACCUGCAAAGACAGCUCCCCAUCCCAUCCGUCCUCGUUACCGCCUUUCACCAGUUGACGCCUUAGCACAAGAGCCUCCGAAGCUCCCCCUGAAGUUUCAGCCAGGCAAGGACAACAUAAUAAUAUCUGGUUCGGAAAAUGACAAAGUCAAAGUCUACCUCAAACCAUUCAGUUUGUCUUUUAUCAGAAAUAAGACCGUGUUAGUAUCAGUCAACGAGAGGGGCCUUCUUAAUUUUGAGCACCAGCAAGAAAAACCACAGGCAGUUCCAGCACCUGUACCGGAAGCCGAAAAUGUCACUGAGGAUGGGGGUAGUAAAGUGGCCGGUACGGUCGAGGGUGAAUCGGGCGAAGCGGCCACCCAAUCUUCGAUCGAGAAUAAUUCUUCUGUUGAGGAAAGUACUGUAGCACCCGAAACGACGGUUGUCCCACCCACACCACCUGAAACGACGGUCGCACCACCCGCACCAGCUGACUGGUCUGAAACGUUUAAAGGCCAUCGUGACUCCCGUCCAUAUGGCCCGACGUCUGUUGGUGUUGAUGUCACCUUCCAUGGUUUCGAAUUUGUUUACGGCAUUCCAGAGCAUGCUGAAUCAUUCGCUCUCAAGGAUACGGAAUCCACUGAUCCCUAUAGGCUGUAUAAUUUGGAUGUUUUCGAGUACGAAUUGUACAAUCCGAUGGCGCUUUAUGGAUCUGUUCCGGUAAUGUGGGCCCACCGGGAGAAUGCAACAGCAGGUAUAUUCUGGCACAACCCCGCUGAGACUUGGAUUGACGUGAAGUCAAGUAAACAAUCUGAUUCAUCUGGUUUGCUAUCAAAACUUCCGCGCUUCUUUUCACGCAGCGAAUCUGAUCCCAAUGUGCGUACUCGGUGGAUGUCAGAGUCCGGGGUAAUUGACAUCUUUGUCAUGCUCGCUGACAGUCCGAGUUCAGCACAAAGGGCGUACGCCUCAUUAACUGGGACGACGAGGCUUCCCCCGCUUUUUGCUCUGGCAUAUCAUCAGUGCAGAUGGAACUACAACGAUGAACAGGAUGUAAGCACGGUCAAUGCAAACUUCGAUGUACACAACCUCCCAAUGGACGUUAUGUGGUUGGAUAUUGAAUAUUCUGAUGGAAAACGUUAUCUGGUGUGGGACAAAACCAAGUUUUCUGACCCCAAUGGUAUGCUCGCAAACUUGACAGCCAAUGACAGGAAGUUGGUUGUUGUCGUCGAUCCGCAUAUCAAGAGGGACAGUAACUGGAAUAUAUUCAAAGACGCUGAAUCGAAAGGCCUGUAUGUCAAGACACCUGAUUCUGGCGACUUUGACGGCUGGUGUUGGCCUGGUUCUAGCAGCUGGCCAGAUUAUUUGCGUCCGGAAGUCCAAGAUUGGUGGGCCAAUCUCUUUACGUCCUCUGACUUCAUUCGUGAAGGAUCUAUGUUCUACGUGUGGAACGACAUGAAUGAACCAUCGGUAUUCAGCGGUGCAGAAAUUACGAUGCCAAAGGCAAGUUCACUUCUUCGGUUUAGUGUGUAUCCUCUUUGA